CAUACAAUUAUUUUUGAUUUCUUACAAAUCAUGAUUAUUAUUUAUUUGGAAUUGGAAAUCUCAACACAAUAAAAGUUUUUCGUUAACCGUUCAGAUCUAGUCUUAAAAGUUUACUCUGUUCUCUUUCGAAAUCGUUAAUUUUUCACAGCCAUGGCCGCCACAGUUGAACCUAUUCCUGAUGUCGAGAUGACAGACGUGUCAGAUUCCCAAGAAAAAAAAGACGCCGCGGUGAUCCAAGAAAUAAGGGACAACAUUCGACAGAUUGAGAAGGCCGUUCAAACAAAAGAAGCGCGUUUUAUGUUGCGCGUCUUACGAUCAUGGUCUGUAACGCGGCGCAAGCUCAAUGCUGUGGUCUUAUGGUCGGUGAUCAAUGGUUUCUACACACACUCGGCUUCUGACAAAGAAUUGUUAUUAUCAUAUGUUACUACACCAGCGGACAUUCCAGAAGCAAUCAAGAUGCGCACAGGUAAAAACGCAACAGGGGCUCUACUACCUGAAAUUGAUGGUUAUAUCCGCUUGUUAGUAUUAGUACAACUCAUCGAUAAAGAAGAUUACAAAAAGGCAGUGGAAUUUUCUGAUUUACUGAUGGUGAAAUUAACUGAUAAAAAUAGGCGUACACUGGAUUUGAUUACUGCUAAAGCAUAUUUCUAUCAUAUGAGAUGUUAUGAAUUAACAGAUCAAUUACACAAAAUUAAAGGAUUCCUUUACAGUCGCCUGAGAACAGCCACGCUUAAAAAAGAUUAUGAAGGGCAAGCCGUGCUUAUUAAUUGCCUGUUGCGUAAUUAUUUGCACUACAAUCUGUACGAUCAAGCUGAUAAGUUGGUUCAAAAAUCAGUAUUUCCAGAACAAGCAAGUAAUAAUGAAUGUGCUCGUUUCUUAUACUACCAAGGUCGUAUUAAGGCUGCCCGUCUUGAAUACUCUGUAGCACACAAAAAUUUAAUUCAAGCGUUGCGUAAAGCACCACAAAAUUCAGCAGUUGGCUUCAGACAGACAGUACAGAAGUUAGCUGUCACAGUGGAAUUACUGUUGGGAGAUAUCCCCGAAAGGCAUAUAUUCCGUCAAGCAAGUUUACGUAAAGCAUUGGUACCAUACUUCAGACUAACCCAGUCAGUCCGUUUAGGAGACUUGACAAUGUUUAGUGAAACAUUAGAGAACUUUAAGAAAAAUUUCCUAAGUGACCACACUUAUAUGUUGAUUCAACGUUUACGUCAUAAUGUCAUUAAAACCGCCAUUAGAGCUAUUGGUGCAUCAUAUUCACGCAUUUCAGUUGACUAUAUUGCUGAAAAGCUUGGAUUAGAUUCUCCUAAAGAUGCUGAAUUCAUUAUUUCUAAAGCUAUUAGAGAUGGUGUUAUACAAGCAACCAUUGAUCCUGAACACGGUUAUGUGCAGAGCAAAGAACCUGUUGACAUAUACUGUACACUCGAACCACAGAUGGCUUUCCAUCAACGUAUAUCCUUCUGUUUGAACUUGCACAACGAAAGUGUUAAGGCUAUGCGUUAUCCUCCUAAAUCAUAUGGUAAGGAUUUGGAAUCUGCUGAGGAACGUCGUGAGCGUGAACAACAAGAUUUGGAACUAGCCAAAGAAAUGGCAGAAGAAGACGACGAUGGAUUCCCUUGAAUAUAAAGUUAGAACAAUGUUUUCUUCAAUGAUUGAUUUUAUAAUUUUUUUUUUUUUAUAAUCUAUAUAUAUACAUAUUAAAAUAUAUGAAAUAAUUCUUACAUUAAGGUUUCUUAUAAAUCAUAAUUUAUAUACAAUUUAAGAGUAUAUUUAUUUCAAUAUGUACCAAAUUAAAAUAUAUGAUUCAAUAAAAAGUUACACUAAACAUAAA